CGUCCGCCACUCGCGAGACCCGAGAUUCAAGAUGGCACUCGCCUGUCAGAAAGAUUCGUAUUUGAAACAGUUGACUACAACUGUCAAGUCAUGUGAACCCCAUAAAACUAAAUUAUUGGUCAAUGGGAAGAAAGAAAAUAUCAAUGGCUUUGAAAUCAUAUUGGAAGACACAGUUUUAUUCCCUGAAGGCGGAGGACAGCCCGAUGAUCGAGGGACCAUCAAUGAUGUCGAUGUUCUGUCCGUUAUUAGAAGAGGUGUCGAAGCUGUCCACUUCACCCGUUCACCAAUUGACCCAGGUACAGAAGUCCAUGUUCAACUUGAUUGGAGGAGGCGGUUUGAUCACAUGCAGCAACAUUCAGGUCAACAUCUCAUCACUGCUAUAGCGGACCAAACCUUUGGGUACCCCACAACGUCUUGGAAUCUCGGUGAGAAGGUCUCCUCCAUCGAACUGGACACGCCAGCAGUGACUGUGAAGCAGCGACAAGAGUUAGAGAGUCUGGUGAAUGAGAAGAUUCGCUCAUCUGUCGCGAUGUAUCCACUGCUUUAUCAGGGCAAGGAUGAUCCUGCUCUAGCAGAGGUCCGUACUCGAGGCUUGCCAGACGACCAUGAGGGUCCUGUGAGGGUCGUCACAAUAGAGGGAAUCGAGAGCAAUAUGUGCUGUGGUACUCAUGUGUCAAACUUAGGUCAUUUGCAGGCUAUCAAGUUACUGGCAUGUGAGAAGGGCAAAAAGGGAAAAACAAAUCUUAUAUUCGUAGCCGGUGAUAGACUGUUGAAUUAUCUGGGACAAUGUUAUGAGAACGAGAAAGCGCUGACAAAUUUGUUGAGAGGAGCGCCUGAGCAGCAUGCCGAACUUGUGGAUAAACUGCUGAAAAAUAGCAAGCAGGCAAAUAAGACUGCAUUAACCUUACUGCGAGAGAUGGCUGUUAUGGAGGCUGAGAAAUUCAAGCAGAGAGAAAAUAAAGACGGCCUAUUUGUGCUUCACAGGAAAGAGGGAGAUAAUGAAUUUAUGAAUAUUGUCGUGAAUGAGAUAAAUGAUGACAAGGUGCUGAAGUUUCUCACAGUGGGAGAUGAAAAAGCUCAAGGCUUGUUCUUGUUAGCCGGGUCUGAUGAUGUACUGAAAGAUCUUGGGCCAAAGGUUGCUGGGAUUCUUGAUGGAAAGGGUGCCGGGAAGAAUGGUCGUUUCCAAGGCAAGGCAAACAAGAUGGUAAACAGACAACAAGCAGAGACGAUGAUCAGAGAAUUCAUAAAGGAGCAUGAACAGUGACAAAUGUUAUGUCUGGUUCCAGCAAAACCACGGCCACACUUCUAAUUACCGACUAUAGCGAAAAUUGGUCCCACCUAUUGGGAUGUCGCAUCCAGUCGAAUCUCUGUUUGAUGAAAGUAGAUAUACUUUACAAUCCUGAAAUGCAUCUUUUUAAUACCUCCUACUGUUCUGAAUUGGUGUAGUGUGUGACAGAUUGUCC